UUGGGUCUUAGUUAGUCUCCGACCGCUGCUAAGUCAACAUCAAAUUAGUGUUAAAUUUAGAAACAAUGUUGGCGCUCAAUAUCCUACUAUUCUUCGCGACCUUCAUUGGGUUUUGUAGUUGCUCCAAAAUUUUAUUCCUUUCGCAACUACCCACCAAAAGUCAUUACAUACUAGCGUCAAAACUAGUUAAAGAAAUGGCGAAAAAAGGGCACGAAGUUACUUUUAUCACGCCCUAUGCCAGCACAACUCAAGUCAAAAAUAUCAAUCAAAUUCCGUUGGAAGGUUUACAGAAAAUUUUUUCGCCCGAAACAGCACGUGUGUCUAUAUCUACAACAGAAGACGGUACCCCAAUGCAAAAGGCCAUGGAAAUAAACCAAAUGAACUACAAGCUCAGCGAAUUUCUCCUCUCUCACGACAAAGUUCAAAAUUUGUUAAAAUCGCAACAACCCUUUGACGUUGUUAUCCUUUACUACUAUUUCAAUGACGCAUUGCUGGCACUAGCACACCAUUUUAAAGUACCCGUGGUACUAUUUGCUUCAAUGCCGCUCUACGUUUCUGAGAGUUUUCUUCUAUCACACCCAGCGCCAUCGUCGUACGUUCCAAAUAUAAUACUCAAACAUACCGGCCAUAUGGACUUUUGGCAACGUCUAGAAACCAGUUUUUAUGACGCUUGCAUGAUUUUGUACUACCAGUGGGCCAUGUUGCCCAAACACCAGAAACUUGCGGAAAAUUUAAUCCCCGGAAAACCCGACUUGUACAAAAUUUUAAACAACGAAAGUUUAAUAUUGAUCAAUUCGCACGUUAGUGUGAAUGAGGCAGUACCUAUGGUACCCAACGCUAUAGAAAUCGGCGGUUUUCAUAUAGAAGACCCAAAACCGUUACCCAAUGACUUGCAGAAAUUCCUCGACGAUUCUCCUAACGGUGUUAUAAUUUUUUCCAUGGGUUCGAUAAUCAGAAGCGUUAACUUCCCGGAAGAAAAGCGCAAAGCGUGUGUUAAUACCUUCGCGAAACUGAAGCUCAACGUUUUGUGGAAAUUUGAAGAAAACAUCGCUGGGUUGCCGCCUAAUGUUAAAAUCAUGGAUUGGAUUCCCGUUUCUGAUGUUCUAGCUCACCCUAAUGUAAAAGCUUUUAUCACUCAUGGUGGUUUACUAAGUACCAUGGAAGGUGUGUACCAUGGCGUACCACUAGUUGGAAUACCCAUUACAGUUGAUCAGAAAAUGAACAUCGCGCUGGCCGCUUCUAACGAAUAUGGAAUAGAAGUUUUCUAUAAGGAACUAACAGAGCAGACACUGUCGCAAGCGUUAGACGAAGUUUUAAAUAAUCCAAAAUACAAACAAAAUAUACAGAGACGUUCAAAAAUAAUACGGGACAGACCUAUGAAGCCUAUAGAUGAAGCUCUUUAUUGGAUUGAAUAUGUUAUUCGUCACCAGGGAGCCCCACAUCUUAGAUAUCCCGGGAUCAAUUUGAACUGGUUUCAGAGAAAUUUGAUCGAUGUGGCCGCUUUCGUUGCUUUUGUCGCACUUGUGCCAAUAUUUGCAGCCAUUCUUAUUUUGAAACGACUUACGAUGAACAAAAUCAAACACAAAAAAGAAGUCAACAUCAAAUUAGUGUUAAAUUUAGAAACAAUGUUGCCGCUUAAUAUCGUACUAUUCUUCGUGACCUUCAUUGGGUUUUGUAGUUGCUCCAAAAUUUUAUUCCUUUCGCAACUACCCACCAAAAGUCAUUACAUACUAGCGUCAAAACUAGUUAAAGAAAUGGCGAAAAAAGGGCACGAAGUUACUUUUAUCACGCCCUAUGCUAGCACAAGUCAAGUCAAAAAUAUCAAUCAAAUUCCAUUGGAAGGUUUACAGAAAAUUUUUUCGCCCGAAACAGCACGUGUGUCUAUAUCUACAACAGAGGACGGUACCCCAAUGCAAAAAGCCAUGGAAAUAAACCAAAUGAACUACAUGCUCACCGAAUGUCUCCUUUCUCACAAGGAAGUUCAAAAUUUGUUAAAAUCGCAACAACACUUUGACGUUGUUAUCCUUUACUACUAUUUCAAUGACGCAUUGCUGGCACUAGCACACCAUUUUAAAGCACCCGUGGUACUAUUUGCUUCAACGCCGCUCUACGUUUCUGAGAGUUUUCUUCUCUCACACCCAGCGCCAUCGUCGUACGUUCCAAAUAUAGUACUCAAACAUACCGGCCAUAUGGACUUUUGGCAACGUCUAGAAACCAGUUUUUAUGACACUUGCAUGAUUUUGUACUACCAGUGGGCCAUGUUGCCCAAACACCAGAAACUUGCGGAAAAUUUCAUCCCCGGAAAACCCGACUUGUACAAAAUUUUAAACAACGAAAGUGUAAUAUUGAUCAAUUCGCACGUUAGUGUCAAUGAGGCAGUACCUAUGGUACCCAACGCUAUCGAAAUCGGCGGUUUUCAUAUAGAAGACCCAAAACCGUUACCCAAUGACUUGCAAAAAUUCCUCGACGAUUCUCUUAACGGUGUUAUAAUUUUUUCCAUGGGUUCGAUAAUCAGAAGUGUUAACUUCCCGGAAGAAAAACGCAAAGCGUGUGUUGAUACCUUCGCGAAACUGAAGCUCAACGUUUUGUGGAAAUUUGAAGAAAACAUCGCUGGGUUGCCGCCUAAUGUUAAAAUCAUGGAUUGGAUUCCCGUUUCCGAUGUUCUAGCUCACCCGAAUGUAAAAGCUUUUAUUACUCAUGGUGGUUUACUAAGUACCAUGGAAGGUGUGUACCAUGGCGUACCACUAGUUGGAAUACCCAUUACAGUUGAUCAGAAAAUGAACAUCGCGCUGGCCGCUUCUAACGAAUAUGGAAUAGAAGUUUUCUAUAAGGAACUAACAGAGCAGACACUGUCGCAAGCGUUAGACGAAGUUUUAAAUAAUCCAAAAUACAAACAAAAUAUACAGAGACGUUCAAAAAUAAUACAGGACAGACCUAUGAAGCCUAUAGAUGAAGCUCUUUAUUGGAUUGAAUAUGUUAUUCGUCACCAGGGAGCUCCACAUCUUAGAUAUCCCGGGAUCAAUUUGAACUGGUUUCAGAGAAAUUUGAUCGAUGUGGCCGCUUUCGUUGCUUUUGUCGCACUGGUGCCAAUAUUUGCAGCCAUUCUUAUUUUGAAACGACUUACGAUGAACAAAAUCAAACACAAAAAAGAAUGAGCAAAAUUGUAAAUAUAGGAAAGGAAGGCUGUUUGUAAUUUUCUUGUGAUAUUAAAGAUUUAUAUGAUA